UAUCACAGGUUUGUGGAGCUGUCGAAUGGGCGACGUGGCGCCUUAUUUCAUGCCUGCAUAUCCCCGACGGACCGAUCCCGAAAGGAAACCGAACCGGGGUGGAUGAACCCCGGCCGGUCCCACCCUAUGGCCCGGAACAGUUUCACUUACAUUUUUACUCCAGCGGAUUUCGAAAUAUAUUCGAGACCGAUAAAACACGGGGGAAAUCCGUUACUAGGUAUUUUUCACGUAGGGUCUGCAUUGCAGCUGUGUAUAAAGCUGCACGUUACGAUUACAAAUUACGAUAUUAGACUACAUCUCCCAUAGCUCCGCGUCCGACACCAGCCCGUCUUGCGCUUCCUGACAGCGGCUGGCCAUUUCUGCUGGACGCGGGCGCCCUCGGAGUCCAGCCUUCAGGCUCCCCGCCCUUUCUGAGCGCCGCUUUCACGGCCAGGACCCAGCAUAGACCGACGGCCUUUAAUGUUUAAUCAGGGUUUGUUUUCUGCUCUCUUGCACUUUUGCCAUUUGGGGCGAUAAUGCAGUUCUAGCCGGCCACCAGAGGGUGGCGCUCACGGUCAGGGCAUGGAGAGCCCCUCCAGCGGCAGCCUGCCAUCGCGGCAGACUCCGCUCUCCUCCCGGGUCGAGGCCUACGAGGCCAUCGGCAAGAAGUGCGUGUCGGACGUGCGCCGGACCUUCUGCCUUUUCGUGACGUUUGACCUCCUCUUCGUCACACUGGUGUGGAUCAUUGAGCUUAACGUCAACGGAGGCAUCCAGAAGCAGCUGAACGCGGAGGUUCUCCACUACGAUUACCACAUCUCCUUCUUUGACAUAUUUGUCCUGGCUGUGUUCCGCUUCGCAGUGCUGAUUCUGGCCUACGCCGUUUGCAGGCUCCGCCACUGGUGGGUCGUCGCGGUAACGACAGCAGUCACCAGCGCGUUCCUCAUAGUCAAAGUCAUCUUAUCAAAGCUUCUCUCCCAGGGUGCCUUCGGCUACCUGCUGCCCAUCUUCUCCUUCAUCCUGGCCUGGAUCGAGACGUGGUUCCUGGACUUCAAGGUCCUGCCUCAGGAGGCAGAAGAUGAGAAGAGGCUGUUCCUGGUUCCUGACGUGCUGGAGCGGGCCCCUCUGAUGCACCCGGGGCCCCUUUCAGAUGGACAGUUCUACUCCCCUCCAGAGUCCGUAGCCGAUUCUGAUGAGGGAGCCGAUGAAAAACAAGACCCGGAGAAGGUGCCUUUUUAACAGGUAUCCCGCUAGGCCAGAAUGCGGCUGGAUCGCCGGCUCCACCUCGCCUUCGCCACGAGUGCGUCUCUACUGACCGGCGAUGGGAGCCCCAUUCACCCGUCCGGAGAGCCAGGAGACCGUUUAUUUCUGCUUUAAUCUGGGCGAUUCUGCUUGAUUCCAGUUAAAGUGUGAUUAUGAAGGAGGCGUAUGAAAUGCAUUUUAUAAAUCCAUCAUGUGACAAGUGUAAGCUGGUCCGAAUGAUUAUUAUUAAAAAAAAAAAAUGUGUUAUUUAUUGCUUCGAAAUCUGAUUAAAGCCUAAUGAAAACUGUGAUCUCUGCAGUGACCGACACAGGAUUGCACUUCUCCCGUACGCGGAUUUCUUGGUUUUAUUCCUUGAUUUUCAUGUCGGCUUCGGCGGGAUUGCAGUCGGUGAAACAAACCAGAAUUAUUUGCGUGUAGAUGUAGAGUCGUGGCCUUUUUAUAAUGGAGGUAACUCUUCGCAUAUACUGUUUUUAACUCCAUUAAUAUUUUUGUGUGUGUACGUUUAUUUCGGUGACUUCUGGGACACUGGUUUUGUAUGUAGAGUUAUGCUGUAACUGCAUCUCUAAGAGCCAUCAGAUGUUCGGAAGACCCAGCAUUUUGGACCAGGACGCUUUACUGCCUGACAAUUUGUGUUUUAAUUUGCCGCCAUGCCCUAUAGGCUGAAUUUUAAGUGUUGAAUAAAAGCAUGUUAUUGCAACUGUUAACACAUAUAUUAAAAUUAUAAUAAAUAUGAAUGACUAAUCAUAA